UUUUUUUUGGCAUGGAGGAGGAGAAGGCCGGGACGACGCCUCCCUUCUCGUGUUGCAAACCAAUCAGGUCGAGGUGUUAAAAAAAAAAAGAAAAAAAGCAAAAAAGAAAAACCAAAAAAAAAAAAAAAAAGGAAUCUGUAAGCAAACAGCAGGCUGUAUCCUGACUGGCUGCGUCGGCAAAUCCCCCCCUUUCCAAAGUAAACUGCACGCAAAAAUCCCACAUGAUCAAGCAGCAGCAGCACCCGUGCUUCGAGCUGGCUGCCUGCACCUCCUCGUCGUCUUCAACCCUCACACACACCGGCUCCAGAUCGGACCCUCCCCUGUGCAUGUAUGUAUGCGUGCUGUGUGUGUGCGCGCGCGCGCGUACCUCGCUAUACGGCGUAUACAUCUCUGCGGCUGCCUGUCGCACACACGCAUGCACAGAGACAGCUCAGCACGCCAAGCUCCUAGCUUUUCCAGAAGUUGAUGUUCACGGGACUGGACCCUGCUUUAUCUGAGAGAGGCUUCAGGAGGCUGAAUCAGGAAAUUUCCGCACCUCGCCGUAUCGCUCCAUUCGAGUAGGAGAGGCCAGCCAAGACCAGCAUCGUCAGAGGAGUUUGCAGGCUUGAUUUUGCACGUCUCCGAGAUUUUGUUAUUCUCCACGCCCUCUCAUAGAACAAUUUUUCUUACUUGCAUCUCCUUGGUUUCUACGCCGCUAUAUUUCUUGGAUUGGCCGUUCUUUUUUUUCUUUUUUUUUUUUCCUGCACCCCCCGCCUUUUUUUUUUUUUUUUCCCCUUUGGCGCUGCUCAGUCCUUGGUGCAUCCACCACCCAGGAACAGGAAGGACAAGAAAACCAGUCCACAAAGUCUCCUUCAAGACACUCCGUGCUGCAGAACAGGCUUCUCAACUCCAUCAGCUCAGCAAGCAAACUCCUCAGGGCUUUUGCUUCUCCCCCCUCUUCCCCUCCCCCAUCUCUCUCUUUUUUUUUUCCUGUUUUUGUUUGUUACUCAUUUGCGGGGAGCGGAGGGCCAGAAAGGAAGACACAAACUUUGUACUUUGAGAUCCGCGGGUACUUCUCGUCCCGCUCCCAGCCGGCGGCCUUUAAUAUAUUGCCAGGACCUCACGUGGGCUUCCAGGGGAAAGAUCUCCUUCUCCUCCCCAAUCUUCUCCCCCGUCUCCGGCUCGCUCGUUCGCUCCUUCCAUCCCCGCUCACUCCGGCCGUCAGCGCCGCCGGGGCCGCUCUUCAGGGGGCGGAGGAAGCACUGCUCUCGCCCGCCCGCCGCGCCGGCGGGCCGGUGUAUGUCGUGCCGUGGGCUCUGCGCGGGACUCCCGGUGAAUGAGCACCGCCCGCCGCUUGCCGCCGCCACCCGUCUGGGCCCCCACCACCCCCUGCCGGGGUGAGGCUUCCUGAGGGGCCGCGGAUCGCCCUCCCCGCCUGCUCCUCGUCUGCGGCGCAAGGCGCUCUCCACUCGCUGAGGCGCGGCACGCCGCGGAGCCCACCGCCUCCGCGCUUGGCAUUUUUUCAUUCACCUCACAACUCCCGUGCCCCGGCUCGAUUCCGCCUGCCUUCUUCCUCGUUCGUGGUUUGUUUUUUUUUUUUUUCCCCUUCCCUGUGAUUUUUUUGUUUGAUUUUGUGUUUUUUGGUUUUUGGGGUUUUUUUUCCCCGUUUCCCUUUUCUUCAUUUUCCUCGCAUUCCGCCUCGCUGCGCCGCCGGCCGGGCGCGAUGCCGCACGUGGAGAUUCUGCUGCUGGCGGCCGCGGCGCUGUGGGUGUGCGUGCGCGGGCAGGAGCCCGGCGCCAAGGCGGUGGCCGACCGCUACGCCGUCUACUGGAACAGCUCCAACCCCAGAUUCCAGCGAGGCGACUACCACAUCGACGUCUGCAUCAAUGACUACUUGGAUGUGUUCUGCCCUCACUAUGAAGAUUCGGUGCCAGAAGAUAAGACCGAGCGCUAUGUUCUGUACAUGGUGAACUUUGAUGGCUACAGCUCCUGUGAUCACACUUCCAAAGGGUUCAAGAGGUGGGAGUGUAAUCGGCCGCAUUCCCCAAACGGACCAUUGAAGUUUUCGGAAAAGUUCCAGCUCUUCACGCCCUUCUCACUGGGAUUUGAGUUCAGGCCAGGCCGGGAGUAUUUCUACAUCUCUUCUGCGAUCCCAGAUAAUGGAAGGAGAUCCUGUCUAAAGCUUAAGGUGUUUGUGCGACCAGCAAACAGCUGUAUGAAAACUAUAGGUGUUCAUGAUCGUGUUUUCGAUGUUAACGACAAAGUAGAAAAUUCAUUAGAACCAGCAGAUGAUACCGUACAUGAGUCAGCCGAGCCAUCCCGUGGUGAGAACGCGGCACAGACACCAAGGAUACCCAGCCGGCUUUUGGCAACUCUAUUGUUCUUCCUGGCAAUGCUUUUGAUAUUAUAGCGCAGUAUGCUCCGGCAACCUGUCACAGAAAAUAUCAGGGUCUUGGAACAUCAAAGAUCCACCUAACUGCUCAUCCCAGGAAAGGGACUUUAUUGUUUUUGCAGAUGUCAAAUUGUUAUUUUUCCCUUUUCUUCUCCCUUUUAGCCUGAAUUCAGCAAAAAUUUGAAGGGGAUAACUAGCUUCAGCACCCACCCCUACCAACCCUGUGACUUUCUUAACCUCUCCAUAUAAAUAAAAGGACUCCAAAUGAAAAUGCCAAACUAUAAUAGUGACACUAGUGAUUCUUGUUUUCCUCUGCAUUCUCCUUUAAGAAGUCACCUCUGUUAGCUCACUGUGUCAUCCAUACAUGGACAAGAAAGUGUAGUGGCAGAUGCAGUCAGUAAGGGAUAAGGAAAUUGAGUGAAAACCUGGGAGAGUCUUUCUCUGUGAUAGAAUAUUUAUGCCUUCUCAUUCAGCACUGUAAGAUGGUCAUGCAAGGUAUUGUGUCACCAUGUCAGGACAGGAGGGGAGAUAUUAAGAAUAGACAUAAUAUAACACCAUUUCCUCCAGAGUUUCUAAAUUAACAGGCUUCUGAAAGGGGAAGAUGAUGUUUCUUAUAGGACUGUCUUGAAACAUCUUUGACAGUACAAUUUUUGCUCACAAGUAGAAAUGCUGUCUUUGGUGAGAGGAAAAAGUUAGUAUUUAGGAAUGUUAGCACACAGCAGGCAAGGUCAGAUUUAAGAAACUUCUCUGGGGGUAUGAGUGCCUCUGUUAUUUCGUUUUAAGGGGAUAAUGCACACCGGCUUAUUUUAUUUUAAAACAAAUCACCAUGGUGCUAAAAUUUUUUUCUUGAAAUGCAGAGGCACUUUGGAGAUUAAAGUGACCUUCCCCAGCAUUGACUUAGUAGCUGAUAGCCUUGGAUGCUGCUCUGGGUGUUAAUACAUGCUAGAAGAGGACGCUGGUGGCAGAGGAAACAUGUUUGGGACACAGGAUCUCCGGUGUUGUCUUGAUUUGUCUCUCCUGUAAGUUCCUCAGUCAUGGGAAUAAACAACCUAUAGAAGAAGCUGGGGCAGUCUAAUAGCAUUGUUUGGUGGGGGGAGAGAAAAGAAGUGUGGAAUAUGAAUUAAAUGUUGAUUUUUUAUCUUUUCCCCUUCCAGUACAGUUUGAAGAGUAAAAGAAACGUGUUUAUCAGCUGGAGAUAAACUAGAUGGGCUCCCAAAGACUUAACAAAAUAUUUUUUUAAAAAUCCACUAGAAUAGAAAAUACAUUAUUUAGAUAUACUUUAUGCUGAGAGUGAGUAUAUAUACUUGUCCUAUUUAAACAUGUGAGAGAAGCGGUAACCCUUGAUGCAAUUAGGAAAUGGGACUGUCUUGUUUGAUGGAAUUAGGAGUGACCCUGUUUAAGGAAUCUGAGACUUGGCUAACAAAACUUGAAAAAGUAAUUUGCCAGGAAGUGCAAGCCUUGGAGUAUUUUUUGGCUAGGCUACUUUUUUCCAUAAAAUUUCGACUGCUAAGCAUCAUCAGUGAAAUUUCAGACCCAGACUGAAAUAGAACUUUUCUGACAAAAACUGCAGAAAUUAGGUUAAAUGUGAAACAAAACAUGGAGCAUAUUCAAGCAAAACAAAAAUUUUCUAUAUUAAUUAUGACAUAAUUGAGUGAUGUCAUUAGUGGACACCACUUCAUAGACUUUUUAUUUGUAAAUGAAGAAAGGCCUUCCAGAAGUUGAGGCAGGAGAGGGAAAAUAUUUUGAUAUGUAAAGGGAGGUUUAAUGAAUGCUGAGCUAUGACCUGGGCUUGCCUGAUAUCAUACAUGUUCAUGAAGACAGGGCCUGUUCUUGCAGGGGGAAUGCAAGAAAUUUGCUCUAGUGUGAAGUACAUGGGAUAAAAAUUCACAGUCCAAACAGUGAGGGAAGUCAUAAUCUCAUUACAGGCUCUCUUUGCUCUCUUUAAGAUAUAUAUACUUGAUACACACAUAAUUAGUUUCUGUAGGUAGGAAUUAAAAAGCUUUGGAUAAGGUGAGCUUAAUCAGAAUGCACCUUAUCAAAUGGAUUAUUAACCAGAGUACAGAUAAUAUUGCAUGAUGUGUAACCAUAUUAAAAUGAUUUAUAGUAAUUGCACGCAGUCAUACAAGUAGUGCAAAUUUGAUGUAGAAAUGGUGACUUCAUUUGUCAUCCUUUGUCUCUGAAUGAUGUUGAAGACAUACAUUUACCCACGCAAAGGAUUGUCAUCGCGUUAUUCCUGAUGAAACUCACCCUUUCGUAUUUUCCCAGAGCCUUGCUCCAUAGGUGGGGGACAGCACAAGCAAAGAUCCCCAGGUUGCCCAGCAUACCUGGAAGCAGCGUUCCAGGCACUGGCAGUUUCAUGCUUGAUGGUAUUAGGCAAUCCCAGUCAUACUAGUACAUAAAUGUUGGUGGGUUUUGUGCUGUGUUGCAAACAUCUGGAUGCUUUAAAUGCAGAUGUUGCUGAAAAUUAAGGAGUUUCUUGCUCCCUUCAUCUGCCCUUGCUCAAGUCUGAGGUACUGAUUCUCCCCAGCCUAAGUGGGUUACUUACACCCAUGACCUGCACUCCUGGCUGCCAAGGGCAUUGCAAUGUGAAGCAGGUAAAACAGGGAUCAGUCAGUUUAGUGGAUACUGUGUAUCCUUCAAUAGACAAGGUAACAUUUCGUGUUAGUUUAGAAUAUUGUUUUGUACUGUACUUACCUGGAUGGCGAAGGAAAGACAAGUAAAACUUAAAGCUAUGUUCUUUAAAGUCUGUAUUAUUAGCAACCUCUGUUGUAUAUAGUGUUUGAUAAUAAAGUAUUAAUUUGAUUCUUAUAUCUUUUGUAAGUGAGAACAAUAGACUUUCAGGAUAUUAAAAUCACUUGUUGAUUACAAGACAGAGCUUUGAAGCAUCAAGUGUGAUCAUGGCUGAGAACUGAGAGACAAGUGGCCAUGACACUGCAGCAUACAGGACUCAUCUUUGAAAAUUGCUCAUCUGUCACAAGACUUCAUAAUGUCAAGACCUGGAACAACAUGACUUUUGAUGAUCAAUGUUUUGUCCUUGGUGUUUAAAGGUCUUAUAUUGGAGCCCAGUGGUUUCUGUGUUAGUUUUGUUCUUUUUGUAUCAUGUUUGUUUCUAAAAAGGCUUUGGGGAUAUAACAACUUUUCUGUUAUUUUGUUUGUUUGGGUUUUUUUUUUUUUUUUUAAUUUGUGGUUUUUUCCUUCUGAUUUUUUUCUGGAUUUGUUCCCAUGAAUAGUUUUUUCCAGAAGACAUCUUGUCAGUGUCACAUGUGAUAUAUGUAUGUAUUUGGUUCCAAAAUAAUUAGAAACAAAUUUGGGAAGUACUGGGAGUAGUUAAAUAGAUUGUUUCCUUUCCUCUAUAAUUGUGGAAGGAAAAUGGUUGUAUUUGUACCUGUUGGUUCCCACCCCUAGCCCUCAAAAUUGAACUUAAUCCAUUGCCUUAGGAGUGCAAUGGUUCCGUCACUUUCAGAGGUUUAGAGUGUUAACUCUCCCUCCCUUUUCAUUACACUUGGAUUUUGUAAUUGCCAGUUUUAAUGUACAACCCUCCACACUUCUCUGCCCUCUUCCUGCCCUGCCUCAUCUCUCACCCUCCUCCUUUUUUAAUUUGGAGCUUUGAAUGGACAGACCUGUUUCUGGUCUGGCAUCACUGAGUUUUUCCCAUGCAUUCACCCUUGAGCUUCUCAGAUGUGAGACAAAUCUCCCUACAAUAGGCUUGCUGCCAUUGUCUGUACAGUUUAAUAGAUGCUGGCAUGUUGGAGGUUACCCAUGAGUCUGCGAAAUCCGCUUACCAUGCUUACUCUUGACACCCCAUUGAAGACACUCAUUGUGUGUGCAUCUGGGUAUGAAAGUUCAGCUCAGUGUGGUCCUGUGCUUGUACUGCCCUGCUUUGCAGUUUCUUUGCACUUAUUCAUUGAGUGCUGUUUUUGAAAUGCUUACAUUAUAUGAACUUAAAAGAAAAUGUUAGAAAAAAAACCACCCAAACCCCCUGCCCCAUAAGAUCUGUAUUUGUAUAUACACGUGUCCGUACAAUUAUACUUAAAUAAAAUUAAAGAUUUUCAUCAUUUUAA